AUGGUUAGCUCUAGAACAACAACCCAAGCCCGGCUGCCUGUGCAGCAACUGUCAAUUCUUGCAUUAUGUCGAUUUUCAGAGCCGCUAGUUCUGACGUCGGUGUACCCUUAUAUUCCGGAGAUGAUUGAAUCUUUUGGUAUUGAAAAGAGUCAAAUCGCCAAAUGGGCCGGCUUGACUAGUGCCGUAUUUUCCUUGUGCCAGUCCAUGACGGCGUUGAUAUGGGGUCGGGCUUCAGACAGUUUUGGUCGAAAGCCAGCUAUAAUAACGGGUCUCAUAAGUACCAUGACUUGCUCUCUAAUAUGGGGCUGUUCUACCAAUCUAGCGAUGGCAAUUACAGCUCGAGGACUGCAAGGUGCAUUUAAUGGAAAUGUUGGCACCAUCCGAACCAUGGUAGCAGAAAUGGUUCCAGAAAAAGAACUCCAACCUGUUGCCUUUACUAUUAUGCCCCUAGUCUGGUCUAUCGGCUCUAUUUUUGGCCCAUCUUUCGGUGGCUUUUUUGCGAAACCUGCUGUUCAUUUCCCCCAGAUAUUUGGGAAAAAUGCUUUCUUCAUUAAAUUUCCAUUUGCAUUACCCAAUCUUAUUGCUAGUGCUUUCUUUGCGAUAAGCAUCUCAAUAGCCAUACUAUAUCUAAAGGAGACUAACAGACGCCAUCGAAACCGAAAAGACUAUGGUCUUAUUCUCGGAAAGAAAAUAUCAUCAUUUCUACAUAAUAUCUCUCAUUUUCGUUCUCCGCAUCCAACAGCUUCGUCUAAAUCAGCUUAUGCCAACGAUAGCACCCCUCUACUCACAUCUUCGCCCAGUUUCACAGAAGGCAAAAAGGCUAGUCUCAGUGAAGUGUUAAAUCGCCAAUCAACUCUAAACCUAAUCUCCUACACUUUUAUAUCCAUGCAGAAUGUGAGCUACGAUCAGAUUCUCCCCAUAUUUAUGCAUAAUCCGCGCAUACCUCCGCCGAAUCCUCUACCAUUGCUACCUUUGAAGUUUUCCGGGGGAUUUGGUAUCGAUUCCUCCCGAAUUGGUACCCUUUUUACAAUUUAUGGAAUUUUCGGCUGCUUGAUACAGUUCUUCGUGUUUCCCUCUACGGCACGACGCUUUGGCGUACUUAAUUGCUACAAAUGGUGUGCCAUCAUAUUUCCGAUUAUACAUUUAGUGACACCAUAUACGGCAUUAAUUGAGUCUGUUGCCUGGCAACAAGGUAUUAUGUUGAUGAUAAUGAUUGUCAAAUGUAUAGCGGUCAUAUUCGUAUAUCCAUGUUCCGUUAUCAUCAUGACAAAUUCAGCCAACAGUUUAAGUAGCUUAGCUACCUUGAACGGGUUCGCAGUAUGUUUCUCCUCUUUAGGUAGAGCCAUUGGACCAGCAUUAGUUGGUGUAGUCUUUACUUGGGGCAUGAAGCAUGAGUAUGGAGUUGCCCCUUGGUGGCUUCUUACUCUUAUUUCAAUCAUUGGGGUUGCACCAAUUUGGUGGUUGGUAGAAGGAGAAGGAAUACCCGACGAUACAGGAAGAAACCUUAACGAUAACCUGAGUUGUGAGGUAGACAAUGAAGAAAGUCCUCUUUUAAGAAGACUAUCAUGCGCACCAAGCGGUGUAGAUGCUACUGCCGAUUCAAUUAGUGUAAAUACAACGACGUUAAAGUAA